AUGGCUUUCAUAGAUAAGGCGCUCUCCCGAGCCCGGGAGGUGGGCGCGCCGCUGUGUCUGGGCCUCGACCCACGCGACGAGAUCGUCGAGAGGUUUUCUCGCACCGGCCUCUACACCGUGCUGUACGACCGCUACGUGGACGGGUGCCCGAUGGAGGGCUUCCGCAGUCGCGACAUAUCAUCGGUGUACGUGAAGCUGAAGCUGUACUGCUGCUUCGUCAUCGAGGCCACGGCUGAACACAUUUGCGGCGUGAAGCCGAAUCUGGCCUUCUUCAUUGCACAUGGCGCUGAGGGAAUUCAGGCUCUGAUGGAUGUAUGCGAAGUCAUUCGCGACAUGGAGCUGCCGCUGCUCCUGGACGCCAAGCUGGGCGACAUAGGUUCCACGAUGGAGUACUACAAGAAGUUCAUCUUCGACAUCUUGAAUGCCGACGGUUGCACCGUCAACACUCUCUUGGGCACCGAUGUGCUGUCCGUGAUGGGCACUGACAGCAACGGCCAGUAUGUGAACGACCUGUUUGUGUUGGCCAGGUGUUCCAACCCUUCGUCGGAGCAGAUCCAGGGCGCGAUGCUAAGCGACCAAACUCCGGUAUACCUGGAGGUAAUCAAGUGCUGCGAGUCAUUCUACAAGGCUAACAAUGUAACCACCGCGCGCCUCGGCUACGUGGUCGGCGCCACGUGCGUAGGCGUGCUCGCUGAAGUGCGCAAGGCGUACCCCGACUGCACGAUACUCAUGCCCGGCGUCGGAGUGCAGGGUGGAGACCUCGGAGCUGCCAUGAAAGCUGCGCUGAACGAAAAUGGUGGGGGCGUCAUUGUCCCCAUUUCUCGGGCGAUCAUUGACAUGCAAAACCCCGGCCAGGCCGCCGUUUACUGGAAGGAACAGAUACGGUCGCACCUCCCGAAGGCUUGA